CAGAGGUGGGGCAUGCAAUCCACCUGCCUUAAGGCAGAUAGAACAGAUAAUCAAUGAAUCCUGAGGAUUUCCACUCUAAUUGGGCCAUUAUUUUGAAAAGUGGAGGAAGUUUAUCAAGCUUUUAACGGAAGGUCUUUUGGCUGAAGUAGCAUGGUGGAGAACUAGCCCUCCAGCUAACUGAUUUACUGCAAGUAUUGACCAAACACAGCUGCCUAGACGAUUGUUUGAGGUCCUGCUCUAAAUGUCUUAAGAUUACGUUGUGAGGAUUCCAGCCUUCUGAUUCGUGUUCAAACAGUCCCAUGAUGCAGCUGGUGAGCCUGGCCUGGAUGAUGGUCCUGGCCGCCCCACUGGUCUGCUUUGGUUUCACCACCCGUGGUCAAGGCCUGCGUGGGCGGGUUCAAGGUGACCGACGGAACAUCAGACCCAACAUCAUACUCAUCAUGACAGAUGACCAGGAUGUGGAGUUGGGCUCGUUGCAGGUGAUGAACAAAACUCGCAAGAUCAUGGAGGACGGUGGAACCUCAUUUACAAAUGCGUUUGUAACUACGCCCAUGUGCUGUCCAUCACGCUCUUCCAUGCUGACUGGGAAGUAUGUCCACAACCACAACACAUACACCAAUAACGAGAACUGUUCCUCGCCUUCCUGGCAAGCUCAGCAUGAGCCGCGCUCCUUUGCCGUUUAUCUCAACAACACUGGAUACCGAACAGCUUUCUUUGGGAAGUACCUCAAUGAGUACAACGGCAGCUACAUCCCACCUGGGUGGCGCGAAUGGGUGGGGCUGAUCAAAAAUUCCCGUUUUUAUAAUUACACCGUCUGUCGGAAUGGGAACAAGGAGAAGCACGGCGCGGAUUAUGCAAAGGACUACUUCACUGAUUUGAUUACCAACGACAGCAUCAACUACUUCCGAAUGUCCAAGCGCAUGUACCCGCAUCGGCCAGUGAUGAUGGUGAUCAGUCAUGCAGCACCUCACGGCCCGGAGGAUUCAGCUCCCCAGUUCUCCGAGCUCUUCCCAAACUCUUCCCAGCACAUAACUCCCAGCUAUAACUACGCACCAAACAUGGAUAAGCACUGGAUCAUGCAGUACACUGGCCCGAUGAAGCCGAUUCACAUGGAGUUCACCAACUACCUGCACAGGAAGAGGCUCCAGACGCUGAUGUCUGUAGAUGACUCUGUGGAAAAGAUAUAUAAUGUCCUGGUGGACACCGGGGAGCUGGAGAAUACAUAUAUCAUUUACACAGCUGAUCAUGGUUACCACAUUGGCCAGUUUGGCCUGGUCAAGGGGAAGUCUAUGCCCUAUGAUUUUGACAUCAGAGUACCGUUUUUUGUCAGAGGUCCUAAUGUGGAACCAGGGGCAAGGAACAACCAUCUUGUGCUAAACAUUGAUCUCGCACCCACAAUUCUGGACAUAGCUGGUCUGGACACUCCACCUGAUAUGGACGGCAAAUCUAUCCUGAAGCUUCUGGAGCAGGAAAAGACUGGGAAUCGAUUCAAACCCAACCGGAAACCCAAAGUCUGGAGGGACACAUUCCUCGUGGAGCGGGGCAAAAUCCUGCGCAAGAAAGAUGAGUCAGGAGGCAACUUGAACACACAACACUCUAACAGCUUACCCAAAUACAAGAAGGUGAAGGAGGUGUGUCAGCAGGCAGAGUAUCAGACGCCCUGCGAACAACCAGGACAGAAAUGGCACUGUGUGGAGGAGGUCAGCGGGAAGUGGCGUUUGCAGAAGUGUAAGGGCUCUCUGAAGGAAGGAUCCAAGAAGAGGGCGAGGAGUCUGCGCUCUAGAAGCUACGACAGCCGCGAGAAAGACUGCCACUGUGGAGACCGGCCUUACAAAGGGGCCAAGGCAGCACGGCGGGCACAGAGACAGUUUGCCCAGAGCAGUAAUCCACGCUUCAGACCCCGCUUUGUUCACACACGGACGGCCAGAUCCCUGUCAGUGGAGUUUGAGGGUGAAAUCUACGAUGUGGACCUGCAGGCUGAUGACAAAACCCCCCUUGAGCCUCGACAAAUCAGCAAACGGCACCAUGAGCCUGAGGGAGGUUUUAAUUCGGACUUCGGGUUGGAGUCCGAUGACGGAUCGGAGGAGAUGCAGUCGGAUGAUACUAAUGCUGUGGGAUACCCCAAUUCUCUUAAAGUCACACAUAAGUGUUUCAUAUUAAUGAAUGACACUGUGCACUGUGAAAGAGAGAUUUACCAGUCCUCCAGAGCGUGGAAAGACCACAAGAACUUUGUGGACCAAGAGAUUGAACUUCUCCAGGAUAAAAUGAAGAAACUGCGUGAGGUUAGAGGCCAUUUAAAGAGGAGGAGACCAGAUGAGUGUGACUGUGGAAAGAAGAGCUACUUUAGCAAAGAGAGACAGCAGAAAAACAAACCCGAAAGAUUGAAGAAUAGGAAUGACCAUCUCCAUCCCUUUAAAGAGGCCAUGCAGGAAGUGGACAGCAAGACUCAACUCUACACCGAGAUCCGCCGCAGGAAGAAAGAGAGGAAGGAGAGGAAGAGGCAAAGGAAGGGUGAUGACUGCAGUCUUCCUGGCCUCACCUGCUUCACGCAUAAUAAUGACCACUGGCAGACCGCCCCCUUCUGGAACUUGGGUGGCUUCUGUGCCUGCACAAGCUCUAACAACAACACAUACUGGUGUCUGAGAACUAUAAAUGAAACUCACAACACACUCUUCUGUGAAUUUGCCACUGGUUUCCUGGAGUACUUUGAUCUUAACAGUGACCCAUAUCAGUUAACCAACGCAGUUUAUACAGUGGAGAGGGACGUUUUGAGCCAACUGCAUUUACAGCUGAUGGAAAUGAGGAGCUGUCAGGGCCACAAGCAGUGCAACCCGAGGCCAAAAGGCUUAGAUGCAGAACACAGCCAGCCUGGGACAUCCACAAAGGUUAAGCUGCCCAAUUUCACAGAGGUCAUUGACUGGCAAGGACUGGCAGUUUUGUACAGCGUGAACGAGAGUCUGUAUGAACACAGACACAACUACAGUCCUGACGUGGAUGACUGGAUGAACUUUUGGAAGGAUGUAGAUAGUAUGUUUGCACUGCUGAGAAAUUUAAAGACACUCAACCAAACCGAUAAGCUUGAUCCCCUGGCUGAGCUGGGCUCCGGGGUCCCGGAGGAGGCCAGCGGUGCUGGAUUCCCAAUCCGAAAGGAACGGCCCCCGAUUCCUGUCACCAAAGGUCCCUCGAGAGGUCUGACCCCCAAAACUCUUCAAAAGAGUCAUUUAAAGUCUCUUAAUGAACUCCCAGAAGGCCGCCCAACUAAACCAAGUGCGCUUCCCAGGGGAGACACCUGGGUUCAACAGCUGGAAAACGAGUUGGACAAUGACGGAAUGACGUUUAGCGGCAACGGCGUCACUGAACUGGAGACCCGCCAUGACUUUCUGUUGCGCAGCUCUAAAAUUCUGGAUCUCCACCUGCAGGAAGAUGAGGAGGACAUUUUUCAGGCCCAGGGUUACCUUCCCCUCUCAUCGCAGCCAGCCAGACCCCCAGAGCCUGCUGGGGAAACUCCUCCAGCCCGGAGUGACACCCUACAGGAGAAGUGGAAUGGAAGUGUCAAACCCUUUACCCACAAGCCCAGGGAUGUUCAGGACUCGGAGGGUAGCGCCUCGGGACCAUCCCCUUUGAGAAAGGACUGCUGCCAUGCACUGUGAAGCCAGCCAACUCAGAGACACUAACCCCAUGGAGCAUGGACUGCUCUCCUGUAUAAUCCAAUGAAUUAUUUUAUUUUUUACAGGUACUUCCAUUUAUUAGAAAUCAGUGUUAUGUAUUUUGUAAAAAAAAAAAAUAUAUAUAUAUAAAUAUAAAAAUGUAGAGGUAAAGUAUCGGAUGCAUCUUAAAUGUUGGGUUUGGUUUUAAAUCUCAAGUGGGAAAACACCAUCAAAGUAAGGUUUUAAUGUAUUUUUAAUUAAGAAACAGGUUAAAAUGGUGAAACCGUCAUAUUGCAUAUUUUACGAGGUGGCUAAUUCGUACGACCUCACUCAUACAAAUUCAUACGAUUUUUGCUAAAUCGCACAUAUUUUACGAGUAGCACAAUUCGUAUGAAUUUGUACGAAUGACCUACACCUAACCCCACCCCUAAACCUACCCGUCACUGGGGUCUAGACAAACCGUAUAAAAUCCUACGAGUGAGGUCAUAUGAAUUCGUACGAAUUAGCCACCUCGUAAAAUACGUACGAAUUGGUCGUGAGAUAGCGUUGAUUAACCACAUGCAGAUUGUUUCCUCAGAUAUUUGAUGCACUUUUUUCAUGUUUGUCGACUUCUGCAGUCUCUUUAGACGUAAACGACUCCAUGUUGACACCCAACACAAGUCAUUAUUUGUUGGAUUCACUUUCGUUAAUGAGUAUCGUUGGUGUUUUCUUCUAUGUUUACUUCAGCUUGUUAGGUUCGGUUCACUGUUUACACUUUAAAACACUGCUUGACCAUGUUUUAUACUCUUGGAUUGUGGGUUCAAAGGUUUGACUUGUUGGUGAAAUGGUUCUCUCACAAAUGUUGUAUAGUUCUGCUGCAUUCAGUCCAUAUAAUAUAAGAAGGGCAUUCACUGUGCUUUAAUCAUGGAUGACUCUAACAUUUUCACUAACCUACAAAAAGUAAUUACUUUAAAGUAGCUUGUUUCAUUUGUGAAGAAUGUGAGAUGGGCAUUUAUUCCGAGCUUUCUGACCAUUUUCGUCCUGUCUUUAAGGAUUGUGAUGUCUAAAUUCAUUUUUGAAGUAAAAAUUGUUUGAAUAUGAAAUUACCUGCCAAAUUUGCAAAUAUUACAUUACUUUUUAACCAGUGGUGUUGAAACAAUUCUGGCUUCUGGAAAGCCAAGAAGCUGUUUUGAAAUAAAAAUCUGCCAAACAUUUGUUUCACCUAGCUUGUGCCUCUAACCUUUCAUUGAUGGAUUGGAUUGGACAAUUUAAUGAAAUUACAUUAAAAAAAAUGCGACACUGAUGUUACACUGCAAAUGAAAGUUGUAGAGCUUUUUAUAAUGUACUGCAAAGUAAUGAGUUUUACAGUUAAAGUUCUUAUCUAUUGUUAUUUGGGUGUAGAAGAUGCGAUUCUGCCUUCCAGGAUAUGAAAAUAAGCUAA